AUGUUCCUUUUCUGUUUCUUUUGCUCUGGCAAACCACCACACUACUCAUUGCCAAAUGUGCUGCAGUACUUCAAAGAUGACCAAGGCUGGACUAAUCUGUUCGCAAAAAAGGCUCCGACCUGGUGGACUCUUCCUUACUGGUGCCAGCGCCAGCCUCCGGAGGGUUCAUUCCUGCGUCUGACUCCGGUGUACGGCACUUCGGAUAAGCAACAAGAAGUAAUUCAGAGGUAG